CUCUCUCACUCCCGUCCAUCUCCUCUCAUCUCCCUCCUCCUCCCCUCCUACUCCCUUCGAGAAGCUUCCGCCCAUCCUCACAAACUCUCUCACUCCCGUUCACCUCCUUUCAUCUCCUCCUCCCCCCUCCCACUCCCUUCGAGAAGCUUCCGCCCAUCCUCACAAACUCUCUCACUCCCGUCCACCUCCUCUCAUCUCCCCCUCCCCCCUCCCACUCCCUUCGAGAAGCUUCCGCCCAUCCUCACAAACUCUCUCACUCCCGUCCACCUCCUCUCAUCUCCCUCCCUCCCCCUCCACCUCCCUUCGAGAAGCUUCCGCCCAUCCUCACAAACUCUCUCACUCCCGUCCACCUCCUCUCAUCUCCCUUCCUCCCCCUCCUACUCACUUUUCAUAGUUCAUAUAAAGGAAAUAGCUAAGCAUUUCUAAGCAUUAUUCUUCAAAUAUCUUCUUUAUUAAAAAUUAAAUAAAUUUUUUUAAUUAAAUAAUUCUCAAAUUAAAGUUUUUUUCUCAAUUAAAAAUUAGCUUUUAAAAUUUAGAAAAAGCUAAAAAUUAAAAUUUUAUUUUCAGUUAAAUGAAAUUUUCCAAUCAUCUUCCCCCCAAAAUUUUAAUUCUUUUGUUUUUAAUUUUUCCUUUUGUAAUUGGAGGAAAAGAACGAGGAAGCCCUCGUUCUGUUCUCGAAAGGAAAGCCUUAGCUACCAAAUAUGUAAGAAUCAUUUUGGCAUCAAACGCGCCACCCUUCCAUUUGGAAAAGUUAGAAAAGGAUUAUCCAAUACAAAAGACUCAGAAAGGUCAGGAUGACCACAUUUCGACAGGGCUAUUAAAUCAUGGCUCUCAUUCGAAUCGAAAGCGACAACGCCAAUCAGAACCUGAUGAAAAUAUUAAAAAACCAAAAGCUUCUGUUGAUAAUGAACAAUGGAUAAUUAAAUCUGCUUCUGGUGGAUUGGUUACGGCAGUUGAACCAGUAAUAAAAGCAAAUAAAGAAAAUGUUUGGGUCUUCCAUGUGACACGUAAAUAUUUACUUAAAAAUUAUAAAAUUCCAAGUAAAAAUAUGGGUAAUAGUUUGGUUCCGACACUAUUUUUUCCUGAUUUCAUUUGCAGCAUCAUUUCUCUUUUUCAUUUAUUACUUGAAUCAACAAAGUUAUGA